GUUGGAUUGUUCUUGAGUCAUUCUCCAAGGGGUUUUGACCAAAACUUCGCCUUUUAUUUUUAAUAAUGGUGGGAAAAUCACAAUGGUCAAACAAUAAUCAAAUCAUAUCUUGAUUCAAAUUCCUUUGUGGUUUUUGGCGAUAUCACCCACCAUUUCUAUUACAAAGAGAAAGACUUUGACUUCUAGCCUUCUAUAUUUGUGCUAGCUCUUUUGCAAUCUCCUCGAUUAAUUUAUAGAAGUUGGGAGCCACCAUUGAAGUUCAUGGAAUGCAAUAAAGAUGAAGCGGUUAGGGCAAAAACUAUUGCUGAAAAGAAGUUAUCUGAUAAAGAUUAUGCUGGAGCUAAGAAAUUUAUCUUGAAGGCCCAAACUUUAUAUCCCGGGCUUGAUGGUAUCUCUCAGAUGUUGACCACUCUUGAUGUAUAUAUUGCUUCAGAGAAUAAAGUAAGCGGGGAAGUGAAUUGGUAUGGUAUACUUGGUGUAAACUCUAAUGAUGAUGAUGAAACAAUCAGAAAACAUUACAGAAAGUUGGCUCUCAUGUUACAUCCUGAUAAAAAUAAGUCAGUAGGUGCUGAUGGUGCAUUUAAACUUCUUUCAGAAGCUUGGAGUUUAUUGUCGGAUAAAGCCAAAAGAGCAGCCUAUAACCAGAGAAGAAAUAUGAGAGUGUUCCAACAAAAAAGUGGCGGUCCUCCGCCAGCCGCCAGCGGUGCCAAUGGAGUCAAUAGCUUCGUAAAGCGAUCGAUUUCAAAACCAAACAGCCGGAGUCAUCCUGGUCCUGGAUCUGUGCCACCGGUUGUCCGCCCUCCAGCACCGGCUCCACCACCCCCUCCAGUUGUUUCUCGUCGAACUGAUACUUUUUGGACUAUCUGCCAUAGAUGCAAGAUGCAUUACGAGUAUCUUAAAUUGUAUCUCAAUCAUACCCUUUUGUGUCCCAAUUGUCAGCAGCCUUUUAUGGCCAAGGAAAUGCCGCCACCUGCCAAUCUUCCAAAGUCCUGUGCUGACCAAAGACGUCAGAAUUCAACCAAUCAUGGAAGAACUACUGCAGCCACUAAUAAAAAUGUCCAGUGGGAUACAUCCUCAAGAACAGGUGUUUCAAACACAGACCCAUCUAUUGCGACAAAAGCUGCAAGUGUUGUUCAGCAAGUUAAUGAGAGAUUAAAAAGAGAACGCGAAGAAUUAUACGCCGGAUGGCCUUCUAAAAGGGGGAGAUCAGAUGAUGAAGGUCAAGCUUCUGGGGAUAGAAUCCCAUCUCAGAUGUCUGCGGGAAAUGGUGUUGCUGGCACUCGAAAUUUAUAUGGGUUCUCUAGUGUAAAUAAUGCAGUUAAUAGAACUAGAGAGUUGAAUCAUUUUGAAGUUCGACUCAUGCUCAUGAAGAAAGCCCAAGUUGAGAUCCGCAGAAAAUUAAGUGAAUGGGAUUCUGAAGAAAAGUUGAAAGAAAACGAUGCAGGUCAUAUUAAUGAAGCCACAAGUCAAGUUAGUCAAACUGCAGAGGAUCAAGAGCAAGUAGACCCUGCAAUGAGUGUCCCAGAUCCUGAUUUUCAUGAUUUUGACCUUGAUCGAACAGAAAAUUCUUUUGAAGAUAAUCAAGUUUGGGCUGCUUAUGAUGAUGAUGAUGGAAUGCCUCGUUUCUAUGCUUUUAUUCAUAAGGUGUUCACAAGAGAACCACUUAAGAUGAAAAUCAGUUGGCUAAACUCAAAGAGCACUGCUGAAUUUGGGUCGUUUGACUGGCUGGGUUGUGGUUUCCGCAAGAGUUGUGGUGAGUUUAGAGUCGGGAGGCAUGAACUCUACAAAAAUUUAAAUUCAUUCUCUCAAAAAGUCAAAUGGAAAAAAACCCCACGUGGAAGUGUUCUGAUUCUUCCAACAAAAGGGCAAGUGUGGGCCCUGUACAGAAACUGGAGUCGUGACUGGAACGAGAAAAUUUCAGAUGAUGUAAUACACAAGUAUGACAUGGUGGAAGUUCUUGAAGAUUACGAUGAAGAAAAAGGUGUGCCCGUUAGCCCGCUUAUUAAAUUUGCAGGAUUUAAGACUGUUUUUCAUCCACAUACAUACAAAGGUGAGGUGAAAGUCAUUCCAAAAGAAGAAAUGUUCCGAUUCUCACAUCAAGUCCCAAAGUACUUGCUAACGGGCACCGAGGGUCAUAAUUCUCCAAAAGAUUGCCUUGAGCUUGACCCAGCAGCUACCCCACUGGAUCUUAUUUAUCAAUCAACAGAAACUAAUACGACUUGAGUAAUAGAGAUGACGAUGAUGAUGGAUGUUGAUGAUGUUAAGGCCACGGUGGACAGAUCGAUAAUAGCAAUAGAAGGUAAGGUUUUAAUCUCUUUUUUUUGGUGGGUCAGAAUAGUUUAGCUUUGUAUGGAGGAUAUGACACUUAUUUUGUUGAUGAUAUGAUUUCUAUAAAAGUUUAUAUGGCUGACUAUAUGCUAGAGGACUUGGUGCUCUUUUGUGCAAAAGGUGGAGUGAAGUGGAGUUGGGAAGUUUACAUGUACGGUAUAUAACAGAAUAGAAUCUGUUGGAAUAUUUUGUGUGAUUAGAUUAGUUCCUAAAUGAGGACUAACCCUGGUUCUGCAAAAAAAAAAAAAGUGAAAAAAAUAAGUUUUCAUUUUUAUUUUAGUCCAGUAGGAGAUUGAGUUUGAACCUUUUUUUUUUGCUUUUCAAUUUAUCGGUCAAGUUAGUGUGUCAAGAGUUGCAGACUUGCAGUCUGAUUGCAAAUCAUGUAUAUGAUGGUCUCCUUGCAAGAUGCUUGUGAUUUAUACUUUUAUAGUAGCUUACUCCAUGAGGGCUAAUAUGAUUGAUUGGUGAAGCUAUUAGCAAGCAGUAAAUGUUAUCGUCAUGAAUUGAAAGAGGAACUGGUUGAGCCCAGUGGCUCCAACUGAGCUUAUAGACUGGUCUUAUUCUUGCAAUUUUCAACGUUUCUAGUAACAUAUUUAAGGUCAUACAAUGUUGAACUUCUGCUUAAAAAGUCGAUCUGAGUUCAUAUUGUGAUGAUUGAAUUGUCAAGAAUGUCAAAUGGAUACUCAUAUCAUCCCUUUUGUAUUCCAUUUUUGGUAUAAUUGUUGAUUAAAUAUCUGAUUUUUGCUGUUA